GUUUCCAAAGAGAGCAAUGCCUUCUGGGUUAGCCUGUAUAAAUCCACAAGAUCCUGGUUGGAAACGUUGUCGUAUCCGUCUGGAUAAGAGAAUGUGCCGCCAGAAGUGGCCUUGAAUAGUAAGGUAGGGGGCGUCGUGGACAUCGUCGAGAUUGCGGAGAAAGUACGGGAAGUAGGUAGUAGGUAGUAGGGAGGUGGUAGAAAGGUGGUAGAAAGGUGGUAGGAAGGUGGUAGGAAGGUGGUAGGAAGGUGGUAGGAAGGUGGUAGGAAGGUGGUAGGGAGGUGGUAGGAAGGUGGUAGGAAGGUGGUAGGGAGGUGGUAGGAAGGUGGUGAGGUAGAGGCAGGGAAGAGCAAGAUAUACCCUGAGAGGCGGGAGGGGAUUGGCUCCAGCCAAUCAGAGUACGCAAUCAGAAAGCCUCUUGCGUCACAUGAACAUUUCAUUGAGUAUUAUCUCACAUGACCAAACAUACGGUGUCUUAAAUCGCUUCGUCUUCGAAAGUCCCUCUCUAGGUUAAUGAUCAGACCUAAUCACAUCCUUCUAUACUGAUAAAUUUUUGUGUUCUCUGUUAGAAUAUGAAGAGCCUGCUCAUUCCACAUAUAUUACAGCCGGAUUUUACAUGGCCACGAAAGACCCGCUAUACAAUUUCUGAAGACACUCCUGUUGUACCGCGUCUGCCGGGAAAGUUUAUCAGAAAAGCCUGGGGACUUUUCCAUAGGGCAUUAUAUUUUUUUUCUCAGUAUUACUGUUCUUGGUUCGAUAUUCCUUUCAAUGCCCACAUUGUACAGUUACCAUUUGGGCUUGUCAUGAAAUGGACUGACCGGACGAGUAUCGAGGAAGCGGUUGCAAUGCAAAUGGCGGAAGCUGCUGGAAUACCGGUUCCUAAAUUCUUAAGCUGUGGAGAGCAUCAAGGUGAUCCGUUCAAUCGAACAUUUUCAAUCCUAAUGACAAGGAUACCUGGUGUGCCACUGGAAAAUUCAUUUGAUCCGCUGCAAGUCGAUACGGAGGAGCCAUGGCUGUACGAAUUAAGGACAUGUUUACACUCGAUGCGUCGAUGGCGCCCCCCUAGCUCAACCUCUAUUUGCUCAGCAAUUGGAACAUGCUUGCGAAGUCCGCGGAUUCCUUGUCAUAUGAUGGGUCCUUUUACAAGUAAAGAAGAGUUUUAUGAGUAUCUUCUAAGUCCAGCCUCACCCCAUGGUUUCGAAUCCACUACCGAGUACAAGGAAGCGUUAUUCUGUGCGAAAAAGCUUCAAGAUUAUUCUCAUCAGAUAACAUUUACGCACGGUGAUUUCAAAGCACACAAUAUCCUUGUUGAUGACCACGGACAUCUAUCUGGAUUUCUCGAUUGGGAGUCUGCAGGCUGGUAUCCUGAAUAUUGGGAAUUCACAACAGCGAUGCGAUUUGGCAAAGGCAGUUGGUGGUACCAAGUGGCUUCUUGGAUGGGUGGUGAUCAGUACUUGGACGAGCUAGCCUCUGAUAUUGCCUUGAACUCUUUGACCGUUGACUCCUAUAUAGCCAUGUAGAUGGAAGCUGUUGUAGAUAGAACAAGUCAGCUAGACGGACUAUGAUGUCAAUUAUUUACUCCAAUAGUACCUAGUCCUCCACAACCUUCUCUGGUAAG